AUCAUUCUUAAUACAGUAAUACCAUCAUACAUCUGUACAUUCAUGAUCUAGGUAUAUAUUCCGACAUUGAGAUAGGGACACACAAAGUUACCUGGUUAAAGUAUUAAGUCAGUAAGUGCUGAAGUGAUAGACUACAUACGGUAGCUCAAGCCCUAAAUUAUGACAUACUGCUGUACUUAUAUUAGAAGAUGGAGAUUUUAAUACAACAACUCAAAGAGCAAGUUGCCAUGCUAACGGCUUAUCUCAAAGAAGAACGUGAUAAACAUGUGCUUGCCAGAGAAAAUUUAAAUUUGGACCAUCAAAAUGAAAUAAGAAAGUUGUCAGAGGAACAUAAUGUUGCUGUGUGUAAUUUAGAAAGAAAACACGAAAACUAUGUCUGUCUUUUAAAGUCACAUCACAAAUCAAUUCUAAACAUUUUAGAAAAAACUUUACAAGAUCGGAUUAAAAGGCUAAGAAACGAAUGUGCACUUUUACAAGCUGCAUUGCGAAAUUACAAGGAGGUUGUUCGAUCAGAUAUGGGUAAGGUAUGGAGCGAAAAGGAAGAAUGUCUGAGGCUAGAAAAUGAUGAGAAGAUAUCUGAAACAGUACGGAAAGCAAAAAUGAUUAUGGAACGAGAGUUUGAGAUAGAAAAAAUAGAAAUGAGAAAAUCAUUUGAAGCAGAAAUGAACAAAAACAUCACAGAUGCAGUUAAUAAAAUUUUGUCAUCCAUGAUAAAUGAUACAAGAAGUGGAAGUGAGCUUGGGCUUAUCGAGUCUUUUCAAGCUAUGGAACUUGAUAAUCAAUUAAUAGAUCAAUUGGCAGAUCAGGAUAAGGAGUCCAGAAGCAAUGCUCUUAUUGAGAAUGAUAAUAUACAUGAAAAUGAAGUGACUAAAGAAGGAAGUUCGUUGAAUGUUUUGUCUCAGAUAAUGGAACAAUCUGAUCAGGUUGAAAUUCAGAAAGAAAAUUACGAUGGUGAGAAAACGUUGGAAAAUCAGAUCUUGAAAGAAAUAAUUGAGGAAGAAUUAGGUGUGAUAGGUUCAGAUACAUUGCAAAGUUCUUCAGAUACACCGAGAGACUCUGAAAUACACAAUUUAAUCUUGGAGAAUUUGUCAGAUGAUGAGGUUCAGUAAUACAUCCAUAUCUGGCAGGGAUAUUGUGAUUAAAAAAACUAUAUGAACAUUAUUUUGUUAUAGUGACUAAACAACUAAUUUAUUUCUAUCUUAUUCGAUUAUUUGUGUUGCGCAAUAAUUUUGUUACCCAUCUCUAAUAUGUUAUAUUAGGUAUCCCUGAAGUAUGCGCACCAAGAUGUCGCAUAACCUGAACCCUAACCUGGUACGCAAUCUGAGUUCAGGUUGUGCACCAUCUUGGUGCGCAUACUUCAGGAGGUCCUUAUAUUAAAUGUAUCGACGCCAGAAAAUAUAUUUCUGUUGAAGUAUUGUUUGGAUUCACUACCUAAUGAUUAUCUAUAUAAAAAAUGAGUUUUAGUUUUUUCGUGAUACAACCUGAAAUUUAUACUAUUAGUGACUUCAUCAAACCUCUUGUCUAUAGUUAACCGGAGAAAUUCUACAGUUUUAGAGACACAUUUUAAUAAAAGUAAUAAAAAAGCUCAAAACAUUUUGUUAAAUAUGGUUUGAAGUCUCCCUCUGUACACCAUAUAUAUUUAUUCAA